AGCCUCUGAUUGUACUCACUUGAACUAUAAUCAUGAUAAUAUGUAAGUAUGUUUGGAAACAGGGAUAAUUUGUCAAUGCACAGUCUCUGUUCUUUUGCAAAAUAAUGGGAUGAGAAGUUUUCAAUACAAUUGAAAAUGAUUUUUCUGCAAAGGUUCUGGCACUUUCGAUUCCUUUUUUCUUUGUUUCUUUUUUGGGGGGGGGCCAAAAAACUUGGCAAAAGUAGCCAUUUUGCUGUCGCAUUUACAACUUGCUGUCUGUAUUGGAUAUUCAGAUGUGAUUUAACGUGACGAAAACAAUUUACCACGGAAUCAAAAACGUUAUUAUACCAACCCUUACUUUUUAAUACGAGGAGUGACCCCCUUUUUUAAUUUGAUCAAAUUAAAUAAUUGACAAGUGUGCAAGAUCGGCACAAGAGGAACACAAAGAGGGAGCGGAGACUCGUUUUCUUUCGGAUGGAGUCGGAAUCGGAGCCAAAAGCCCCCCGACUGACUGAUUGCACCUCACAACAGUGACUGCAUUGGGUCGAGUCUCCCUUUGCUGUUUGUUUACGUCCAGUCGAGCGAGCAGGACGAGGAAAAAGCGCCGGGAUGGACACUACAAAUCAGCUUGCGUCUGCGGGGACCUUUCAGGUGUUGAAACUACCUCUGGGAUUUAUCCGUGUUUUGGAAUGGCUCUUUGCCAUAUUUGCCUUUGCGACAUGUGGGGGCUACUCUGGGCAGCUGCGGGUUAGCGUGGACUGUAUGGAGAAGGCCAGCAGCAACCUCAGCAUCGCCAUUGACUUUGCUUAUCCUUUCAGGUUGCACCAGGUGUCCUUUGAAGCACCCAUGUGUGAGGGGAUGAGGAGGGAGCGCCUCUUCCUCAUUGGAGACUUCUCAUCCUCUGCGGAGUUCUUCGUUACAAUUGCUGUCUUUGCUUUCCUCUACUCACUUGUUGCCACUGUUGUCUACAUCUUGUUUUGGAACAAGUACCGUGAAAACAACCGAGGACCACUGAUCGAUUUUGUUGUGACCGUUGUGUUCUCCUUCAUGUGGCUUGUCAGCUCUUCUGCUUGGGCCAAAGCUCUGUCUGAUGUCAAGUUAGCCACAGAUCCGGGUGAAGUUCAGCUUCUUAUUUCUGCCUGUAAAGAUCAGACAAAUAAAUGUGGCUCUGUGCAGGAGCCACGCUGGUCUGGACUCAACACCUCAGUGGUGUUUGGAUUCCUCAACUUUGUUCUCUGGGCUGGGAACAUCUGGUUCGUCUUCAAGGAGACUGGUUGGCACAAAGGCGCUGCCAGGUUUGUGGCCGGGGCCUCCGAGAAGCACACCGGCACCUUUAGCCAGCAGCCUCGCAACCAGGACAGCUUUGAUCAGUCUGGGGGCUUCAACACCCGGGGAGACCUGGACCAACCGUCCGAGUACAGUCAGGUUGGAGGGCCUCCCACUUACGCCAAUCAAAUGUAGUUUGCCUUUUUAUACCUUGAGUGGUGCUUCCGCAUUCUAAACAUGGUAACAGGUGAUCGCAAUGUCAGAAAAACAAGAUUAGAAGAGUUUGCACCCAAUGAAAACAAAUUUUGUCAGGUAUAUUUUUACUCAUUCUGGUUCUUUGUUUCAUUUGGGGUGAGUGCAAUAUUUUUCGUUUCCUCAUUGGAUCAUAUCUACAAUAUAUGUUCUUGGUAAUGUUUUAAAAAGGUUUGGAGGUAUGUUGACUUUGUGCAUGAUACCGUAUGUUUUCUAUUGUCUCUGCAAUUCUAUUUUUAAAUGUUUUUUUUUUUUAAAUGAUGGAUCAGUGUUGUCUUCACUUUGUAACCCAAACAGAUGUUCAUUUUAAUAACGUAUCUGUGGUUAUGUGGCUCUAAUUUUGUUUUGAUGUGAAAAGGAUUGUUUCCUCUAUUUAUUUUCACAAGUGGGUACUGUUGGAACAGGUUACUGUGAAUGUUGUCCGUGUCAGACUUGUAAUAAAAACAUAAUAGGGUUUUCCUCUAUUUAAAGCAUGCCAGCGUGUCCAAUGACAUAUCAAAAGCCCAGCAAAAAAAAAAAAAAAAAAGCAUGUCACCAGUAUAUUUAUAUGCAAAGGUUGCUACAUUUUUAUUCUAAACAAUCAAGUUUGUGUUUUAUAUUUGAAGAAGUGAUAGUUGAAGAGACUGCUAAGUUGGUGUUUGUUUCAAGAAAAAUGAUAAGUGCAACUCUUAAAUGUUGAUUGCAUGUGGUAAUAAAAAGCUCAUGAUACUCGUGUACAACCGUUUGUAUUUAUAUGUGCUGGUUUAUGUAUUGUAAAAUCUAGCAAAGUAAAUGACUGAGAAUUUCUCCUAUUAACAGAUAAUGUGUCAAUUUCACUGUCAUCUUACUCUGUCCAAAGUCAUAUCAAGUCGUAUUUUGAAUAGGAAGGUAUACAGUACAUCUUGAAUUUUAUGGGACAGG